CGCGUUCGUAUUCUAGCAAGAGAUUGCGGAGAAUCCAAGAAUUCAAAUCCCUUUAUGGAGGACGUGGUGCUAAUAUCCCACGCUAGACAUGGCUACCAGUUCGAUAUCCAAAAAAGACAUGGCUACCAGUUCGAUAUCCAAAAAAGACAUGCACCAGUGUCUAGUAUAUGCGAGUUGGGCACCAAUAGACGCACUACAUUAGACCAUAUCAAGAUUCCUGCGUAUAAAAAACAGCAUAACGUAUUCAAGGACUUCACCAUCGGCCGUUCGUCGCCCGUAUGGGUAGUAAGCAGAGGGGCUCUACAAUUCAAAGGCUCUGAUAGGCUUGCGCGCCUCUCUCAGCCCAAGCGGCUUCAUCCUCUGUACCAACCAUGUCGAAGCGUUGAGACCGUGGUGACGCCCUCCGCUAAAAAGGCAGACUGCAAUGCGCACAUCGAAGUCUUGUCGGAACCCAAGAGACGCAGCGAGAUUCGCGAGAGGGAGUGGACAAUCAAGAAGUCAUCGCUUAAAGCGCAUGCUUCUGAACGAGUACUGGAGCUGUCACACGCUAAAGGGCAGCCUCAUGGCUUUAUACCGGAUAAUUUCGAGUCGUGGAGAGUUAGCAAGGCGGCACAGAGCUCCAAGCCGUCAUCAAGAGUCGAAGAACUCGCCAAGCCUAUUGUACGCCAAGUAGCUUAUAACCUUCCGAAAGAUGACGCGUUUAGUGUGAGCAAAGCUGCUCAGAGAGCUCGCUGCACGAAUCGAAUCUCGGAUCUCUCGCAGCCGAUUUAUCGAGGACGGUAAUGCCAAAAUGAGAUGAUUAAUUGCUUGAUUAGCUUGUAGAUGAAAAAUCUUCUAAGUAUUGUUACAUUGUAUAAGAUCUACUGGAAAGUUAAAUAGAACGAUGAUAUUGUGUA